GUCUGCGUGAGAGCGUUUUAUCAUCUGACUGUCGGCGUCUGCUGCUUGAGUUUAAAGGGCAAGAUUGUUCAUCAUUCUCUCUGCUCAGAGAGAAAACUUUGGACAUUUCAGAGUUUUGAGGAGGAUUUCUAGAACGUAAGGAGAUUAGCCCACGUCAAAAGACUUCGCCUGAGAACUCGCCACAGCAUAACUUCAGCGUUACUCAUGGAUAUAAAAAGUUUACCAGGUGGGAAGUCAACCGCUGUUUUUGUAUCCUACUUACUGUAAUUGAAAGAUUACGUUUUGUCCAGAAGUAUUGAGGAGUUUCAACUCUUGAAAGCCGGUUGGUGUGUGGGAGUGAAAGAGAUGGUGCGGUUCGGAGCUGAUAGCUGACGGAGCUGAUACCUGACAGAGCCGAUAGCCGACGGAGCUGAUAGCUGACGGAACUGAUAGCUGACGGAGCCGAUAGCUGACAGAGCCGAUAGCCGACGGAGCUGAUAGCUGACGGAGCUGAUAGCUGACGGAGCUGAUAGCUGACGGAGCUGAUAGCUGACAGAGCUGUAGUAGGAUGAGAUGAGAGAGGAUGGAACACUCGGACAGCCCCGCCUCCCACAGCAGCGACCCCAACGGGUUCGUCAAUAAAGUCUUCAACGUGUCUCUGGAUGUGCAGAAUGAGACUGGCACCGUAUCUAUCCAGGAGACUGGGAAGGGAGAGAGACAGGGAGAGGGUCAAGGAGAAGGCCAAGCCCAGAGAGAGUGGCAGGAGGCUGGGGAUAGACAGGCAUUGAACCAGGCACACCCUCAGACCCCUGGAAAGGAGCGCUCGGAGGUCAACCGUAGAACAAGAGCGACUGGGGGAAUCUGGAAGAUCUUGACCCAGCGUAGAGUGGCCUCAGAGCUGGAUAACAGAAGACCUCACUCCAUGAUCCUCCCUGGAGAGGAGGCCUCCAUCCCUAAACUGUCCUUUGCUGACAAGGUCCGCUCCAUCAAGAAGCUCCGCUCUCUGGGUGUCUUCAAGGGGAGGGUGGGGAAGAUGUCUGGGUCCAGCACUAAGUUCAGAGACGGAGAGACGGAGGACGACUCGUUCUGCCGGGACUUCCUCCCCUCGCCCGGCCUGCACCCCUGUAGGAGCACACUCCGCCACCGUGCAAAGCGGCACUCGUAUGCCGGACACACCGCUGAGUUCGACUGCUCAUUUGAGGACAUUGAUCUGACAGCUACCCUGGACAGACACCAUCUUCACUCACUAGUGGAGCCUCUUACCCAGAACGGCUCUAAGCCCACAGAGAGAGUCUCCUACUCCAAGAGACCUCAGGUCCAGGCUCAGGCGCAGGCCAACCACUCCUCUAACUGUAACAGUACCUCAGCAGGAGUGUGUGAGGAGCAGAGUGUGAGGGGCAGCCCCAAGGUCCAGCUGGGUGGGAGGAGAUCUAAGAGAGCUGACGUGUGGAGUUACCUGAGGAGGAUCUCUGUCCUGGGGAAGGGGAACCCGGCCUACUCAGAGAGGAGUUUUGACUCAGAGCUCCACACACUGGACAAGACCAUGGACUCUGACUACGGCUCGGUGGACUUCGAGAGCGUCAGGGACUUUCAACCAGCGGCUCCAAAGCACUCUGACAGCAAAGGCGGACAUUUUGGGGGUCUGAUUAAGUUCUUUAGCAACGUUACGGAGACGGCUAGAAAAUGGCGGACGUCUUCGCGCUCCUUCUCUCCUCCAGAGGAGGGAGGGGAGCGGUCACCGCUGGGCUCCCCCAGAGCAGGGCAGCAUCUGGGGGACUACGUCCACAGUGUGUCCCUGACCCUCCGCAGUGAGGACCACCCAGAGUGUCCCCCAACACCCGCCUCACCCCUGACCCCUCAUCCCCCUCGCUCCCCUGCCUGUGACCCUGCCUCACCCCCUCCUCUAGUAGGCAGACGGUCUCCUCAGGUGAUGCUGAAGGCCUGGAGGGUGAGUCCGGACUCAUCAAGCGUUAUCGGCCUGGUGUGUGUGAGCUCAUUGGAGACGGACAGACAGAUGGACAGACAAACAGAGAGACAGAUGCGGCACACGUCUGUAGCCACAGUAGAGAAUCACGAGCCACACUCAAGGCUUGAGAGAGAGACUCAGAAAGAGAGAGAGACAGAGGUAGACAGAGAUCCCUUAGAAUGUCUGUCUACAGUGGAAGAGAGAAAAAGAGAGGGAGGAGAGGGAGGAGAGGGACACUCAGGAAAUUACCUGGAUUCCAAGGAUGCUCUAACUGUCUCGGACCAGACACACCUUCCAAACGGCCAAUCAGAGUUACGGGAAGGAGAGAUCGUAGCCGCUAGGGAGCCAGCAGGAAACUACCACCAGGAAGUAUUUAAGGCCCUGUCUCGUCCCCCGGGGGCGUCACCUUUAGAGCCCCCCCUCAGAGUGUCUCUUCAGAGGUGUCACUCCCUCCCUCUCACCCCCAGCACCCUCACCACUCUGGCCCUGUUCCCGGGACACACAGCAGACUCCCAGUCAUCCUCAGUGGGUCUUGGUGAUGGAGAGGCUGGCAGCUGCAGGAGGAGACUGCUCAGAACAGGCUCUGGUCCACUACAAGUCAACAUCUUGAUAAGCGGAGGAUCUAUCGUCAGCGCUGAGGCAGUAUGGGACCAUGUGACCAUGGCCGACCGAGAGUUGGCGUUUAAGGCCGGUGAUGUCAUCAAGGUGCUGGACGCGUCCAAUAAGGACUGGUGGUGGGGUCAGAUCGACGAGGAGGAGGGGUGGUUCCCUGCCAGCUUCGUACGGCUGUGGGUGAACCAGGAGGAUGGGGGGGUGGAGCCUGUGGAGGGGACCAGUGAAAUGGCUAACGGUCACCUGGAUCCGACCAACGACUGCCUGUGUCUGGGCUCGCCGCUUCAGAACCGUGACCAGAUGAGAGCCAACGUCAUUAAUGAGAUCAUGAGCACAGAGAGACAUUACAUCAAACACCUCAAAGACAUCUGUGAGGGCUACCUACGUCAGUGUAGGAAGAGGGUAGACAUGUUUAACGAUGACCAGCUGAGGGUGAUCUUUGGGAACAUCGAGGACAUCUACCGUUUCCAGAUGGGCUUCGUUAGAGACCUGGAGAAACAAUACAACAACGAGGAACCACACCUGUCUGAGAUAGGACCCUGCUUUCUAGAACAUCAAGAUGGCUUCUGGAUCUACUCUGAGUACUGUAACAACCACCUGGAUGCAUGUAUGGAGCUGUUCAAGCUGAUGAGAGACGGGAGGUACCAGCACUUCUUCGAGGCCUGUCGCCUGCUGCAGCAGAUGAUCGACAUCGCUAUCGACGGCUUCCUCCUCACACCCGUACAGAAGAUCUGCAAAUACCCCCUGCAGCUGGCCGAGCUGCUUAAAUACACCGCACAGGAACACAGUGACUAUCGCUACGUGGCGGCGGCGCUGGCGGUGAUGCGUAACGUCACUCAGCAGAUCAAUGAGAGGAAGAGGAGGCUGGAGAACAUUGACAAGAUCGCCCAAUGGCAGGCCUCCGUCCUGGACUGGGAGGGUGAUGACAUCCUGGACCGGAGCUCAGAGUUGAUCUAUACAGGAGAAAUGUCUUGGAUCUACCAGCCCUAUGGACGCAGUCAGCAACGGGUCUUCUUCCUCUUUGAUCACCAGCUGGUCCUCUGUAAGAAGGAUCUGAUUCGUAGGGACAUCCUGUACUAUAAGGGCCGUAUCGACAUGGACCGCUAUGACGUGCGGGACGCCAUCGACGGUCGUGACGACGACUUCAACGUGAGCGUGAAGAACGCGUUCAAAUUGCACAACAAAGACAGUGAGGAGCUCCACAUCUUCCUGUCCAAGAAACAGGAGGAGAAGAUACGAUGGCUCAGGGCUUUCCACGAGGAGAGGAAGAUGGUGCAGGAGGAUGAGAAAAUCGGGUUUGAGAUCUCGGAGUACCAGAAGCGUCAGGCAGCCCUGACUGUGAAGAAGGUGUCUAAACAGAAAGGUGUGAACAGAUGCGUGCCCCCCUACCCCCCUCCCCAGGACCCCCUACCCCUGGGACAGUAUGACCUAACAGAGGACUUGGCACAAGCAGAGGUUUUUGAAUUCAGUCAAUCCAAAUGAGGUCAGUCUCUUUUCUGGCUCAACAAUUUUACUUGAUUAACACCUUUAAGAAAUAGAGAAACAGACCCUUUCCAAGGACCAUCUAUUUUUUCUGAGAAACACUCAAACUAAAAUGUUUGGAGGAUUACAUCAUCGUCAUCCUGUGAAGAAGAAUUGAGGAGGAAAAAAGAAGCACUGAAGGAAGGACCAGUGAUGUUUCAUUGUGAGUUUCAUUGUGAGUUGUCACCCAGGAGACGAGAACUAUGGAUUCUAACUUCUUCACUUCAUUCUAAUUCCACUGUUCUUAGUUCUGAGUUCCAAUGCUUCUCUCCUCCAGUAAACACAACUGUUCCCUACUGAACUGUACUGUACAGGAAUCUACUACUGUUCCCUACUGAACUGUACUGUACAGGAAUCUACUACUACAACCCUCAACCCCACCAUCGUCAUCUGAAUGUCCUGGAUUCAUGGAGAUAGCUUUUAUUUUGUUCUUUUCAGGCUCUGGCGUUUUUCCAUAUUUGAAGUAAGCAUAUUUAAUGUUCCUUUACCAGAACUAGUGAGUCCACCUACCUACAGUACAGUAUGAUUGUGUAGAUGACAGGUGUUGUGUUGACGUGUGUGUCUGUGAGGAUUAUGUUGUUGUGAUUGUGGCCUGAGGUGCACUGUAACUAUGAGGCUGAAGUGGCAUCCUAUUCUCUACAUAGUGGGGUAGGGUGCCACUUUGACUGACAGGAGAGCCGUUGGCUGGUUCUGGUGUCUCUCUCUCUCUUUUCUCUAUCCCCUCUGUCUAUCUUUCUGAAAUAAACAAUACAAAAUUAACAGUAAACAGUACACUCACAAAAGGAAUAGAGACAUUUCAUAUGUCAUAUUAUGGCUCUCUCUCUC